UCUAUCCCAUCCUUCGAAGCCUCGUUGUAUCGAUAAACCCUCCUCCAUCUCUCCUCGUUCUCCCUCACAAACCACGUUUUUCUAACGCCGCCCAUCUCGUUUCCCAUCACCUCUCCCAUCGGUAAAUAUCCAGUGAAUACCAUUACUGCAGCCGAGAUAUGAAUCGGGGUGGUAAACUCGCACCAGAAGUCCAAAGAGCUCUGUUCGUCAAGAAUCUGAGGCACGAAAGAAUAUGCCCCUCACUCUACAACGUAUCGUCCGAGGAACUCUUCGAUCUCUUUGGCAAGUUUGGGCCAAUCCGCCAAAUUCGUCAAGGCAUCGCGAACAACACCAAGGGUACCGCAUUCGUCGUGUAUGAGGACGUGAUGGAUGCGAAGACUGCUUGCGAUAAGCUAAAUGGUUUCAACUUUCAGAAUCGCUACCUCGUUGUAUUAUACCACCAACCGGAGAAAAUGGUGCGUUCGGAAAACGACCUCGCGAAGCGCCAGGAGAGCUUAGAAAAGCUCAAGAAACAACACGGUAUCGAUUGACCAUCUGAGGACCCCCGAAAACCCGAGGAAAAGAAGAGCCCAUUCGUCAGGUUUGUGGGAUUUUUCCGGGAUUCUUCUACCCGGUCUUUAUCGGGGUUUCAGGUCUCAGGGCGCCAUUGAUAUGAUAUCUAAAGUGGUUGAUUCGCGCUUGGCUCUCUGGUUGGGGGCGUUCUAAGUUAUUGUUGGUUUCUGUUUUUCUUGAUUUUGAUUUUGAUUUUACGAUUCUCUCUUUUCUUCUCACUACCGUUACGUUUGCCGUUGUCCCUUUUCUUUGUGGGAUGAUGGGCCAGUCCCCGUUGAAUGUUUGACAUCGCCGUAUGCAGAUGGUUUGGCAGGAUACCUGUAUGCUCCUCCGAUCUUUCCGGCCUAAGCACCAAAGCUGAUUGAAAGAGCUCAGCAAUUGCAUCAAUUCUAUUGGCCACUCUUUUUUUUUUUACCCUCCCCUUCUUUCGUUUCUUCCUUGCUCAUCGGAUAUUUAUCUAUCUUAUCGCCCUACAAUCUGAACAAAAAUACCGGUGACACCAAAUUUGCCUUUUUUCUCACAGAAAAGAAAA